AUCCACCUGUGAAGACGGAGAGGAGGUGUACGACCCCACGAUAUCCGGUGUAGUGACAUGUACAGUGUUUAAAGGACUCGUGUGGCCCCGUUUCGAUCCCGAACGUUUCCCGAUCGAUUAAUGUAAGCCGUGCGCAGCCGAUCGAAUCAUUCCCGAACGGACCGAGAAAAGGAUCUCCACGCGCCCAGUGUCAGAGUUGACGAUCUUCCUCACGAUGUCCAGGUACCUCGGUCUGAUUCUCGUUGUCACGAUCACCGGCCACGUGUGCGGGGCGAAGAAAUGCGAGGGGAGCGGGCUGGGCCUGAAAUACUUGUGGGGAGACGCGCUCACGGACCCCAUGGACUGCGUCGGUCCGAAUAACCAGCAGUAUCCGUCCGCCGCGAUAUCGAGGAGCGCGAAGAACCUGUGGGCGGCCGGUCGAACAGCCAGGUACCAUCAGCCGAGGACGAUCGAUCCCGAAUCGACGAGGCAGGCGUUACUGCACAGCUACAAGGUCGCACGCGGCGACUACUCGAUCGCGAUGGAGAACACUCGGAACGGACGAGCGUUCACCCCUAAAGAAUCAUGCGGCUCCCCGGCCAGAUUGUGCAAAACAAGGUACAACACCACGGCGCCGAUGUACGGGGUCAGCUUGACCAGCGGCCAGCCGGUGACGAUCGUUCAGAAGUUCCCCGACCUCCUGCAGCAGGUCGUGUUCGAGGUUUGCGAAUCGAAAGAGUGCGACGUGGUCCACGGCGAGUGCACGCAGACCUACGUGCCCUACCUGUUCCUGGUGAUACCGCUGGGCCCGGUGACCCUGACCGGUCAAGACUACGUCCUGGUCGAGAGCGGAUGCGUCUGCAAACCGAGGAAUUCGGCAAGCGGCUCGUCGGAGCCCCCGGCGGUCCCAAGCUUUUAA